AUGAACAACUCUCUUCACUGCCGCCAAGCCUCAGCUCCUCUGCUGGUCAGUGUCCGACUGACCAUAGUGACGUGUCUGUGUGCGUGCAUAUUCUGUACCGAGCUGUUCAGGAUCAACUUCGCCAUUCCGUUUGUCUUUGCUCCUGAGGUUAAUGACUCCUUGGGCGAGUCCUGCACAGAGGUUCUAUCUGUCCCUCCGAAGUCUGCCGAUGACCGAUUGGCGUGGACUCUGCUCGACCGCAACUCAAUCGUCAUUGCCUACUACCUGCCGGUGCCGGUUGUCGCUCCUCUUGGCUUAUGGUUGUGCAGUCGCUACAGCGGCAAGCAGAUCCUACUCACCUGUAUUGGUCUCUCGUCGCUACUGACCAUCUUCGUUCCGUCGUUGGCUUACCUGUCGUCCGUUUACGUGAUAGCCGUGCGACUAGUCCUCGGCUGCCUAAGGGCUCUUAUCUUGCCAGCGUUGAUCGAUGUGGUAAAAAAUUGGAUUCCCGCAGCUGAACGGAUGACCGUGUUUUUUAUGGGAGUUUUCGGUAUGAAGUUUUUUCCUCGCUUCUAA